CACUCACCUCCGUCGUGCUGCACACGUCCACACCCCAACACCACCCGCUCCAGGUGGGUUUUGUUUCACCUUCUGCCCCCCCGCAGUAUGGACACCCCCAGCCUACAGCUCAGCACUGUGGGCCCGAACCCCGCUACUGCUCUGGGGUGGAUUAGAACCCUGAAAGGGUUCUGAAGGAGUGUGACCUUUGUUGCUGUGUGGAGGACUCGGUCAGAGUACAAGGAUGCCGUUCAUGUCUGUGAAGUUCAACCUGCAGAAGCGGGUGAAGCUGGCCCAGGGCCUGUGGAUGUUCUACUGGCUCUCCGUCAUUGUGGGAAUCUCAAUAUUCAGCCUCGGAAUCUUCUUCAAGAUCGAGCUGAGGAAGAGGAGUGAGGUCAUGGACAACAGUGAGAGCCACUUGGUUCCGAACCUGCUGAUCCUGGUGGGUAUGCUGGCCUGCGGCCUGAACGCUUUUGGGGGCAAGAUGUGCCAUGAUGCUCUGGACCCAAUAAAGUUCUCCAAGAUGAAGCCGAUGCUAAAGCCAUUCAUGCUGCUGAGCUGCGGCUUCAGCAUGCUGCUGCUGCUGGUGGCGCUGCUCUGCUUCCUCAUGCAGUUCUCCAUCUACCUGACGCUGGCCGAGGGCCUGAAAAACACCAUCAGGUUCUACAAAGACACGGACACGCCGGGACGCUGCUUCAUGAAGAGGACACUGGACAUAACGCAGAUAGAGUUCCGCUGCUGUGGAAACAACAACUUCAGGGACUGGUUUGAGGUGCAGUGGAUCAGCAACCGCUACCUGGACAUGAGCAACGACGUGGUCAAAGAUCGUGUCCUCAGUAACGUGGAGGGAAAGUAUCUGAUGGACAGCGUUCCCUUCAGCUGCUGUAAUCCCGGCUCACCACGGCCCUGCAUCCAGCAUCACCUGACCAAUAACUCCGCCCACUAUGACUAUGACCACCGCACUGAAGAGCUGAACAUCUGGACCAGAGGCUGCCGUGAGGCUGUCUUCUCCUACUACAGCAGUAUCAUGACCAGCAUCGGAGUGCUCAUCAUCAUCACCAUCAUCCUCGAGUCGAUGGAUGUUGCAGGUCUCAAGUACCUGAGCACAUCUCUGGAGACGAUGACGGAUCCUGAGAACCCCGAGUGUGAGAGUGAAGGCUGGCUGUUGGAGAAGGGCUUCAAGGAGACCUUUGCUGAUGUUCUCACAAAGCUCAAGACACUGGGUCGGGCCAACCAGGUGCAGGAGGGUGGAGAUGCCCCAGAGGCCACCACCUGAAGGCCCCGCCCCCUUAAAAGAACUGAGGUUUCCCCUCCCUAACAGCCACCAUUUUAAUGAAGAAAGAGGCUAAAUGGCUGUUCAGCUGUAAUGCCACAAAACCUGUGGCAGCAAACACACACACUCACACACACACACAUACACAGUGAAUGCCAGCAUAUUUCAUUUUGCUAAUAUGUUGAAGAGUUUUUGAAACAGGAAGAACAAAAAUCAGUGGUUAUAAAUAAAUCUGAUAAUUUUGGCAUGAACUGAGCCCGACCGAUUCCACUCUCUGUGGAUCAGCUGACCAACAGGCUGCCACACUUCCAUUAUUUGUCCUGCAGAGGACGCCAUAGUUCCACCAUCCAAUGAUUUUUGCCAAACAUGUUUGUUUACGUUUAGAUUUUGUUGAUGUGAUAUAUUUUACUAUCGGUUGGAUUUUGGUCUCAUCCUUGUUUUCCUGAAAUUCCCAGCUGUCACCUGUGACAAGUAGCUGGUAAGCACCCACCUGUGUAGUUAUGUGAAGAAAACUUCCAGAAGUCCUUAGGUGUGAAAUGUAUACCUGAACAGCUGGCGAUCUGUACAUACAGGUGUAAAUAAAUCCUAAUUCAGUAUUUCUGAGCUCGCUCACAUCUGACUGGGCAGCAUGGGUGGCUUGGUCACCGUUUUUCAAACUGAAAUCUGUCAAAUUUGAUCUAAAGGUGACAGUUUGAUGAAAAGUCUUAGCAUGGUAAAAAUGAGCUCAGUGACCUGUUUGACCUUGGUUUAGUCUCUGAAAUGCUGUUAGAGGUCCAGCCAGGUGGGGUUCUCCGGUUCCUCUGCAGGUUUCACAGUUGGUGUGUCUCACUCCCCCCUCUUGUUGUUUGUAGAAAAACAAAGGAAGUUCUGGUUCUGUUCAGCUGAAGUUUGUUGGUCUAAAGCGUUUUAAUCUGUCACUCAGUGGGAUGAUGGCCAUGGAGCUGAGCUUAUCGGACAAAGCUCAGGGUGAAAGGUGAUCAUCUGGUUUCUAGUCAGACUGUAAUCAGACCUGAUCAGCUGUGUAGUACUAAUCGAACACUAGAGAUGUUUAUGUUUGUGUUAUGUUUUCUGAUGUUGUUGGUUUGUAGUUCUGAUGUAACUCAUAAAACUACGUAACUGAUACCAAACCAUGUGACCGGCUUUUAUUAAACACCUUCACACACC